UGGUUGAGAGGCGGGUGCCGGAUGGUGGAGUACCACUGAUGAGAGAGAGAGCGGGCAAUAAAGAAGGGACUCUUUUUAGCUCGCAUUGUAUUUCCACGCGGAUACUGGAAAACUCCACAGGAGGAUUUGCUUCACCUGCUCGUGUGGUGGCCAAGCGAGGAGUACUGCUUCUGGUAGCUGCCGGAAAUGUCGCAGAGGAGUGGGCAAGAGGACCCGGAGCGGUACCUUUUUGUGGACCGCGCUGUGGUCUACAACCCAGCUUCGCAGGCCGACUGGACCGCCAAGAGACUAGUAUGGAUCCCGUCUGAGCGCCACGGCUUUGAGGCGGCCAGUGUGCGCGAGGAGCGCGGCGAUGAGGUGGUCGUGGAGCUGGCGGAGAAUGGGAAGAGGGCGUCGGUCAACAAGGAUGACAUCCAGAAGAUGAACCCACCCAAGUUCAGUAAGGUGGAGGACAUGGCAGAGCUUACAUGCCUCAACGAAGCCUCUGUACUACACAACCUCAAGGACCGCUAUUACUCGGGCCUCAUUUAUACAUACUCUGGCCUCUUCUGUGUCGUCAUAAAUCCCUACAAAAACCUCCCCAUCUACUCGGAGAACAUCGUGGAAAUGUACCGGGGCAAAAAGAGGCACGAGAUGCCCCCUCACAUCUACGCCAUCUCAGAGUCUGCUUACAGAUGCAUGCUACAAGAUCGAGAGGACCAGUCCAUUCUGUGCACUGGUGAGUCUGGAGCUGGCAAGACGGAGAACACAAAGAAGGUCAUCCAGUACCUGGCACAUGUUGCCUCCUCCCACAAAGGAAGGAAAGACCAUAACAUUCCUCCAGAAUCUCCUAAACCAGUGAAGCUCCAGGCGCAAAAUGCAGUUAGUGGAGCCCUCUUUUAUGGUGAACUGGAACGUCAGCUUUUACAAGCCAACCCCAUCCUUGAAUCCUUUGGGAAUGCGAAAACGGUGAAAAACGACAACUCGUCACGUUUUGGGAAAUUCAUCCGCAUCAACUUUGAUGUCACUGGAUAUAUUGUUGGGGCCAACAUUGAAACAUAUUUAUUGGAGAAAUCCAGAGCGAUCCGCCAAGCCAAAGAUGAACGCACCUUCCAUAUUUUUUACCAACUGUUGGCUGGAGCGGGAGAACACCUCAAAUCUGACCUGCUUUUGGAGGGAUUCAACAACUACCGAUUCCUGUCGAAUGGCAACAUUCCAAUCCCGGGCCAGCAGGAUAAAGACAACUUCCAUGAGACAAUGGAGGCCAUGCACAUUAUGAGCUUCUCCCAUGAGGAGAUUCUGGCCAUGUUGAAAGUGGUGUCCUCGGUUCUUCAGUUUGGGAACAUUAUCUUUAAGAAGGAAAGGAAUACCGACCAGGCCUCCAUGCCUGAUAACACAGCCGCUCAGAAGCUGUGUCACCUGUUGGGCAUGAGUGUCAUGGAGUUUACUCGAGCCAUCCUCUCUCCAAGGAUCAAAGUAGGAAGAGACUAUGUCCAGAAAGCCCAAACCAAAGAGCAGGCUGACUUUGCUGUGGAGGCCCUGGCGAAAGCAACAUACGAGCGUCUCUUCCGUUGGCUGGUCCAUCGCAUUAACAAAGCUCUGGACAGGACCAAAAGACAGGGGGCCUCCUUCAUCGGCAUCCUGGACAUUGCUGGCUUUGAGAUCUUCCAGCUCAAUUCGUUCGAGCAGCUCUGCAUCAACUAUACAAAUGAAAAACUGCAGCAGCUCUUCAACCACACCAUGUUCAUCCUUGAGCAGGAGGAGUACCAGAGGGAGGGAAUCGAGUGGAGCUUCAUCGACUUCGGCCUGGACCUGCAGCCCUGCAUCGACCUCAUUGAGAGGCCGGCAAACCCUCCAGGGGUGUUAGCUCUGCUGGAUGAGGAAUGCUGGUUCCCCAAGGCCACAGACAAGACCUUUGUGGACAAGCUGAUCCAGGAACAGGGAACACACACCAAAUUCCAGAAACCACGUCAGCUCAAAGACAAAGCCGAUUUCUGCAUCAUCCACUAUGCUGGAAGGGUGGACUACAAGGCCGAUGAGUGGUUAAUGAAGAACAUGGACCCCCUCAAUGACAACGUGGCCACGCUUCUGCAUCAGUCCACCGACAAAUUUGUUGCGGAGCUGUGGAAAGAUGUGGAUCGUAUAGUGGGCCUGGACCAGGUGGCAGGCAUGAACGAGACGGCGUUCGGCGCCACCUACAAAACGAAGAAGGGCAUGUUUAGGACGGUGGGUCAGCUCUACAAGGAGUCACUCACCAAGCUCAUGGCCACACUGAGGAACACCAACCCCAACUUUGUCCGCUGUAUCAUCCCCAACCACGAAAAACGAGCAGGUAAACUGGAGCCUCACCUGGUUCUGGACCAGUUGAGGUGUAAUGGGGUUCUUGAGGGGAUCCGUAUCUGCAGGCAGGGCUUCCCCAACCGUAUUGUCUUCCAGGAAUUCAGACAGAGAUAUGAGAUCCUCACUCCCAACGCUAUCCCCAAGGGCUUCAUGGAUGGGAAACAAGCUUGUGAGAGAAUGAUCCAAGCCCUUGAGCUGGACCCCAAUCUGUUUCGGAUCGGCCAGAGUAAGAUCUUUUUCAGAACUGGCGUACUGGCUCACUUGGAGGAGGAACGUGAUCUCAAGAUCACAGACAUCAUCAUUUACUUCCAGUCUGUGUGCCGUGGCUACUUGGCACGCAAGGCCUUUGCUAAGAAACAGCAACAGCUAAGCGCCCUGAAAGUUCUCCAGAGGAACUGUGCAGCUUACCUGAAGCUGCGACACUGGCAGUGGUGGAGACUGUUUACCAAGGUGAAGCCUCUUCUCCAGGUUACCAGGCAGGAGGAGGAGAUGCAGGCCAAAGACGAGGAGCUGGUCAAGGUGAAGGAGAGACAGCUGAUGGUGGAGAAUGAGCUUGUGGACAUGGAGAGGAAACACCAACAGCUCGUGGAGGAAAAGACAAUUCUAGCAGAGCAGCUCCAGGCAGAAACGGAGCUGUUUGCAGAGGCUGAAGAGAUGCGAGCUCGUCUGGCCUCCAGAAAGCAAGAGCUUGAGGAGAUCCUCCAUGACCUGGAAUCUCGGGUGGAGGAGGAGGAGGAGAGGAACCAGAGUCUGCAGAACGAGAAGAAGAAGAUGCAGUCGCACAUUCAGGACCUCGAGGAGCAGCUCGACGAGGAGGAAGCCGCACGACAGAAGCUUCAGCUCGACAAAGUGACAGCUGAGGCAAAGAUCAAGAAAUUAGAAGAAGACAUUGUGUUGCUGGAGGACCAGAACACCAAGUUCCACAAGGAGAAGAAGCUGCUGGAGGACCGGAUCAACGAAGCAACCACCAUGCUGACAGAGGAGGAGGAGAAAGCAAAGAACCUUGGAAAGCUCAAGAACAAGCAGGAGAUGAUGAUGGUGGAUCUGGAGGAGCGUCUGAAGAAGGAAGAGAAAACGCGUCAAGAGCUGGAGAAGGCAAAACGCAAGCUGGAUGCUGAGACAACAGACCUGCAAGACCAAAUUGCUGAGCUCCAGGCGCAGAUUGAGGAAUUGAAGAUCCAGUUGGCCAAGAAAGAAGAAGAGCUGCAGACUUCCUUGGCCAGGACGGACGAAGAGACGGCACAGAAGAACAAUGCCCUCAAGCAGAUCCGCGAGUUGCAGGCCCAACUGGCUGAGCUCCAGGAGGACCUGGAAUCUGAAAAGCUGUGCAGGAGUAAAGCUGAAAAACUGAAGAGGGACCUCAGCGAGGAGCUUGAGGCUCUGAAGACAGAGCUGGAGGACACGCUGGACACUACCGCCGCCCAGCAAGAACUCAGAACCAAGCGAGAGCAAGAAGUAGCUGAGCUGAAGAAAGCGAUUGACGAGGAGAGCAAAAACCAUGAGGCCCAGAUCCAGGAAAUGAGGCAGAGGCACGCCACAGCGCUGGAGGAACUCUCUGAACAACUGGAUCAGGCUAAGAGAUUUAAGUCCAACUUGGAAAAGAACAAGCAGUGCCUGGAAAAUGACAACAAAGAGUUGGUCUGCGAGGUGAAGAUUCUGCAGCAGACGAAGACAGAGUCUGAACACAAGAGGAAGAAGCUGGAGUCCUUGAUGCAGGAGUUCUCAGCCAGAACCACUGAAAUGGAGCGAGCCAAGGGGGAGAUGGCCGACCGUUCCCACAAACUCCAGUUGGAGCUGGACAACGUGUCAACCUUGCUGGAAGAGGCGGAGAAGAAGGGCAUCAAACUGACCAAGGAUGCCGACAACUUGGGAAGCCAGCUGCAGGAUGCACAUGAGUUACUGCAGGAGGAGACCCGCCAGAAGCUGAACCUGGGCAGUCGAGUGCGUCAGCUGGAGGAGGAGAAGAACACCUUGCUGGAGCAGCAGGAGGAGGAGGAGGAGGCUCGACGCAACUUGGAGAAACAGCUGCAGACGGCCCAAGCUCAGCUGCUUGAGACCAAGAAGAAGCUGGAGGAGGAUGUGGGAGCCAUGGAAGGCCUGGAAGAGGUGAAGCGAAAACUCCAGAAAGACGUGGAGCUGAGCAGCCAGCGUCUGGAGGAGAAAGCCAUGGCAAUGGACAAGAUGGAGAAGACCAAAAACCGACUGCAGCAGGAACUAGACGACCUGGCGGUGGACUUGGACCACCAGAGGCAGAUAGUCUCCAACUUGGAAAAGAAGCAGAAGAAGUUUGACCAGAUGCUGGCCGAGGAGAAAACCGUGUCGGCUAGGUACGCCGAGGAGCGUGACCGUGCGGAGGCCGAGGCCAGGGAGAAGGAGACCAAGGCCUUGUCCAUGGCCAGAGCUCUGGAGGAGGCGCUGGAGGCCAAGGAGGAGCUGGAGAGAUUCAACAAGCAGCUCCGUGCAGAAAUGGAGGACCUGAUGAGCUCAAAGGAUGACGUGGGAAAGAAUGUCCACGAGCUGGAGAAGUCCAAGCGUACGCUGGAGCAGCAGGUGGAGGAGAUGCGGACUCAGCUGGAGGAGCUGGAGGAUGAGCUGCAGGCCACCGAGGAUGCCAAAUUGCGGCUCGAGGUCAACAUGCAGGCCAUGAAGGCCCAGUUUGAUCGGGACUUGCAGGCCAGAGACGAGCAGGGCGAUGAGAAGAAGAGGGCACUGGUCAAACAGGUGCGUGAAAUGGAGGCCGAGUUGGAAGACGAGAGGAAGCAGAGGACGCUCGCUGUGGCCUCCAAAAAGAAGCUGGAGAUGGACCUCAACGAGCUGGAGGGACAAAUAGAAGCAGCCAACAAAGGCAGGGAUGAGGCCAUGAAGCAGCUUAAGAAACUACAAGCUCAGAUGAAAGACUAUCAGAGGGAGCUGGAGGAGGCGCGGUCCUCCAGGGACGAGAUCUUUCUGCAGUCCAAAGAAAACGAGAAGAAACUCAAGAGCCUCGAGGCCGAAGUCUUACAACUGCAAGAGGACCACGCCGCCUCCGAGAGAGCUCGCCGCCAUGCCGAACAGGAGCGGGACGAAUUGGCGGACGAAAUCUCCAACAGCACUUCCGGAAAGUCUUUGCUGCUGGAUGAAAAGAGGAGGCUCGAGGCUCAAAUCGCCCAGCUGGAGGAGGAGCUGGAGGAGGAGCAGGGCAACACGGAGCUGCUCAACGAGCGCUUCAGAAAGAGCACGCUGCAGGUGGAGACUCUAAGCACGGAGCUGGCUGCAGAGCGCGGUGCCUCCCAAAAGAGUGAGAACGCCCGGCAACAGAUGGAGCGUCAGAACAAGGAGUUGAAAGCCAAGCUAGCGGAGCUGGAAGGCUCGGUCAAGUCCAAGUUUAAGGCUUCCAUCACGGCGCUGGAAGCUAAAAUCUUGCAGCUGGAGGAGCAGCUGGAACAGGAGGCAAAAGAGAGAGCAGCGGCCAAUAAGAUAUUCCGACGCACAGAGAAGAAGCUGAAGGAGGUGAUGAUGCAGGUGGAGGACGAGCGGCGUCAUGCCGACCAGUACAAAGAACAGAUGGACAAAGGCAACUCGCGUAUGAAGCAGCUGAAGCGUCAGCUGGAGGAGGCGGAGGAGGAGGCCACCAAGGCCAACGCGUCGCGUAGGAAGCUGCAGAGGGAGCUGGACGACGCCAGUGAAGCCAGCGAGGGCCUCAGCCGCGAGAUCAGCAGCCUCAAGAGCAGACUCAGGCGCGGCGGCCCCGUCGGUUUCUCAUCCUCCGGUCGCUCGGGCCACCACAACCUGAACGUGGACGGCGCCUCCGUGGAUCGCUCUGACGACGACGCCGACAGCCGCACCAGCGACUUCAACGACAUCGGCAAUAUGGAGUGAAGGAUCACGCUCGCUCACUCUGACUUGGACUCGAAACAAUGCAGCACAUCUGUCCGCCAAUAUGACACCCACAGCGGUACCUUGACUUACAAGUGGCCCAAGUUCCCACAGUCCCCCGCCCCCUGAAAAAAAAAGCAGGGUGGGAUUGUGAUUGUGUAUAGAUGCCGCACGAUGGUGGCAGAGUACUUGAACACCAUGCAUCUAGCAUGUACACAAUCACGAACCCUUGUUACAUAAGACUCUUCAGUCAGUUGUUCAACACAAACAAACAAUUCACCUUCACAUUUGGCUCAUGAAUAAUAUUAGCUAGCCUACUAGCUUGAUGCGCUAGCAUGAACUGAUGUGACAUCACACAUGAGCAAAAAAAUACGCGCACUCGCACUUUACCCAAAUGUUCUUAAGUCUUUACGGGCUAAUUUCCGCAAAUAAUUGUAACAGCAAAUUAAUUCACAGGCUAUUUGUGGCGGCAUUGUGAGAGAAGCAAAAAAUAUACUUUCAUUUUUGGUGGCGCACGAGGUGCAUUCAGGGACGGACAACAAAACAGGACGUCUCAAUUCCAAACACUCACAUACAAUUCAACUUAACAACGCCACAAUUCCAGCAGAUGGUGCCAAAAUAAUAUGAGAAGUUUAGCGAACAACUGGGGGGAGGCUAGUCCCCCCCCCCCCCCCCCCAAAAAAAACCCCCGCCAAGUUUGCAAAUACUGAACCAUGAAUAGCUUAUGCAGCAGUUCACUGUACAAAAAAAUUGAUGUGCACCUCCGUUUGU